CCGCAAUCCGCUCCGCAACCACGCGACAUCAACUCGCAACAACACCCACACCACCCCUCAUGCUCUAAACCAUCGUCCUUACAUCCUUAGAUAACAGCGAACUGGGAAAUCGCCAACAUAUCCAGACCGUCACCCACACCCACAGAGCCAGACCGCACGGAGACCCAAAAUGCUAACCUCCGGCCUAACCAACGCGCCCAUCUCCAAGGCGCUCCUCAUCUACACGAUCGGCGCCUCCGUCGCGCUCGCGAUCUUCGACAUCAAGCACCUCGCUUUGUUUCAAAUCACGCCGCACCUGUGGCCGUACGGCCAGUACUGGCGCCUGGCGGCGUGGCAGGUGGCGGGGUUCGGCAACUCGACGGAGGCGCUGUUCGCGGCGAUGCUGGCCUACCAUCUGCGGGUGGUGGAGCGGGCGUGGGGGACGCGGAAGAUGGGUACCUUCCUCCUAACCACCCUACCCUACACGACGCUCCUCCCGCCGCUCCUCCUCCUCCUCCUGCGCCCUCUCACGCUCUCGAAGCUGAAUGCGCUUCCGUCGGGGCCCACGGCCACGCUCUUCGCGGUACUGGCGCAGUAUCACGCGGCGAUCCCGCCGACGGUGCGGUAUUGUCUUUCCACGGCGUCAAGCAACCCUAGUCCUCCGGCGUCAGCAGCACAGCAACCCCCGCCGACGGACGCACACCCCCCCAAAUCAAACGUCACGCUCACGCUCUCCGACAAAUCGACCACCUACCUCGUCGCGGCGCAGCUCGCCGCCUCGCAGUUCCCGACUAUGCUCCUGCCGGCCGUGGUCGGAUGGGGGGUCGGGCUGGCGUGGCGGACGGAGGCGCUGCCGCUGUUCUUUGUGCCGGGCGGGUAUCGGUGGCGGAUGCCGGGGUGGGUGGUUGGGCAGGCCGACCGAAACCGUGCGGGGGUAAGAGGGGGAGGGGGAGGGGGUGAGGAGGGCGCUGGGUCCGGCGGGGAGCGGUAUGAGGAGUUGCGGCGGAGGUUGGAGGGGGAGGUUGUUGCUGCUUCGGGGUCGGAGGGGGCUGGCGCUGGCGCUGGGAUAGAAGGGGCUGGCGCUGGCGCUGCGCAGCGGUUGAGACGCGGGGUGGGGGCUUAACACUCCUCCAUCUCUCUGGGCGUUUGAUGCUGCAUGAUGGGAUUUGAUCUGGGAUUCUCUGAGGGUCAUGUAUGAGACUUCAAUCGUGCUAAACUAUCUACUCCGGGAUACAACAAGACUCUUCUCAAGUUGCUGCCCUAAGUGUCUAAAGCACGAGGUAUCUAAAUAUAGUGGGUAAGACGCACAUAGUCAAUCCAACCCCCACGAAUCCAUGCCUGUUAUCACAAG